AAUGGGAUCAUAGCUUUUGUAAGGACAGGGAUAAGACAAUUUAAGGAAUAGUAUUAUUUUGUUUGAAAUGAAGAAAAAUGGAAUUGGUAGAAUACAGGUGUCGAUGCGGAGCCUCUGUUAAAGGCCAUGACAAGAGUCAUAAAGUUACUGUAAACCCCUGUCGUCUUCACUUCUUGCAACUUCGACCAUCUCUGCCCAACCUCUCUCGUCCAAAAAAAUCUGUCUUUGAUUCAUUCAAUAUCAAAGUCCUCAAAGUGGACAUUUUCUUUUUGGGAUCCCUUCUUUGAAUUCUUUUCCCCCUUGUAUCUACAUUUUACUUCCCCUUUUAAAACCCACCUGUCCAAAUUGUUCUCCAUUACAUCUGGGUUUCAGAAUUUGAGCCCAUUUCUCAUUUGGGGUUUGUGGUUUCCCUUAUUUCGUUUCAUUUCUCUAUAUUUGUUUGAUCACUUUGUUUACAUGUUAAAUCCCAGCUGGGUUAGGAAUUUUUAGACCUUUUCCCAUCUGGGUAUCCCCCAUUUUCUCAGGAAACAAAAUCCCAGUUGAGUUCUGCAAUUUUGGACUUUCUCGUUUAGUUAGAUCUCAUUUCUUUGCAGAUAAAAAGAAUAGAGACCAAAUAUUUUUUGCAAAAUUCACUCCAAAUUCUAGCCAUGGAUAAGCCAGCCUUUGAUGAAUCAACAGCAGUGGCUAUAACAGGGAAGAUCAUGGUCGUAGCUAUAAUAGUUCUUUUCCUAGUGGUGAUUUUUGUGCUUUUUCUUCAUCUUUAUGCUAAAUGGUUUUGGUGGCGUAUUGAAGAACCAGCUCCUCCUCCUUCACGCCGCAACCGACGCCGAUUUGUCUUUGCUCCAGGGCAAGACACUGCUCAUCCUCGACGCGUGACUAAAGGCCUUGAUCCCACAAUUCUUGCUUCCCUUCCUGUAUUAAUGUUUCGCCAAGAAGAGUUCAAAGAAGGACUUGAAUGUGCUGUUUGCUUAUGUGAGCUUGUAGAAGGAGAGAAAGCUAGGUUGCUUCCAAAAUGCAACCAUGGGUUCCAUGUUGAUUGUAUAGAUAUGUGGUUUCAAUCUCACUCUACUUGUCCUCUUUGUAGAAAUCCUGUUGCUGCUAUUGAGACUGAGAAUUUAAGUUCUGUUAUGUCGGGAGAUGAAGUUAAUAGUUCACAUGAUGGUUUAGCCUUGGGGUAUUCAACAGAUUCUCCUAGUUUUCCUACAAAUGUGUUGUUUUGGGGCAAUCAAACUCAGGUUAGUAGCGGUGGUACGAGUUCGGAAGAGGGUGUAUCGGCUUCUGGUUCUGGUACUUUUGCUUCGUCGUCCUUGGCAUCUGGUAGUGGUAGGCAAGAAGGGAUGUUGGUGAUUGACGUUCCCAUGAAUGUGAAUGAAAAUUUCCCAGAGGAGGAAUCAAAGUCUCCAAUGCCUACAAGAUUGAGGUCUUUGAAGAGACUUUUAAGCAGGGAAAAAAGAGUGGCUCCUAGUAGCUCAGGAAGCAGUUCUGUUGAUGUUUGAAGAUAUUAAAUAGAUGGUUGAAUUUUAGGAGCUUAUUAUUUUGAGUAUGUAUCUUUCAUUAUCCGAGCAGUAAUGGUUGCAGAUGAUCAAGUUGAACCCUUUUUGUCCUUGAGAAAGGUUCUGUUGGAAAACAACGGUUUUGCUCAAUUAUACAAGUUGGGCAUUUGGUAGCAUAGGUGUUGAUGAUUCUGUUGCUGAAAAAGGUUUUGACAAAUGUUUGAAAUAGAUGAUAUCUCUGAAGAGAGUGGGAUUCUCUUCAACACAGAGAUGAAAGAAUCUAUCUUCUACAAAAUAUGUAUAAAAAACAAUUUCUUCUGCGCAAGAAUCUGUUUCAAUUUGAAUCCAUCUAUUGUGAAGCUAUUAAUCCAAUUCCUCAA